GUUUGAAGAGGUCAGAAACAUUAUGUUUGUAUGUAUCCAGAGGUUUCUCCUCAAAUCAAAUAAAUGAAAACAAAAAGAAGAAGAAGAUGUAAAGUUGACUUGCUUCAUUGACGUGCAACCAUGAAGUCUUUAAACUUGAAGUGCAACCAAGAAACGAGUAGGAUGAAGCUUCAACUAAGCUUCUUGGCAACUUCACUCGUUCAAUCCUCACUGCUAUCUAUAGAGAGCUACGAUCUUCCUAAACCUGAUGCCCACAAGCAGAUAUCAAUGUACGCAGCAAAGACACUCUCAAGAUGGUCUCUCGAUCAACCAAAACCAGGUUCGAAUUCUGGAUAUAUCGUGCUCAAAGACGAGGAAUCUGAACCUGAGUCCGCAUGCUGUUUUGGGUGCCCCGAAGAGACUCGAAUUCGAAAUCUCCCAUUCCCUCAGGACCGAAUCCUUACCAUCAAAUACUCUCCACUCAAAGGUGAGAACGGAUCCAACAAGGCUACCGUUUGCUUCAUCCCUGCGGUAGGUCAUCCAUUAUCAUCCAAUCGAUACUACGUCAUCGUCGCCAAAGGAAGAAAGAGAGGGAAAGUAUAUACAUGUUCAAAGGAAGAUAUCGCAUGCUGCUCUUGCCAUGGUGGUGUAAAGGAUGCAAAAUUGAGAGCUUUCGUUCACAGAAAUGUAUACCAAGUAAUGGAGAUCAAGGAUGAUGGGAACGGGAAUUUUACUGCGAAAUCUGUUGCUCCUGACGGACAUCCUCCAUCAUUACUAGGGAGGGAACACUGGAAGCUUUAUGCCUCAAAGCCCAAGCAUUAUGCGUUACGUGAGGCUUGGGGACUCGACGCGGGUCUUCGUGCAUGUCUGCCCGACCUCAACUUCCCGAUAGGUGCAGCAGAUGGCCCGAAGAUUACUGUCGGAAGAUGGUACUGCCCGUUCAUGUUUGUCAAGGAAGCAUGUCGCUUGCGAGACCAAAUGAAGCGUUCCAUGUUCUAUGAGAUCUCACUGGAGCAGUUCUGGCAGAAGGUGUAUGCUUGUGAGAACCACAGUGGCCAUGACAAAGUUGUGGAAGUGAACGCUCUUUUCGGGAGCCUACUGGUUAUGAUGGAUGGCGGCAAAGAGGUGGUGCAGGACAGAACUGUGCAUGGCGAUGAUGGCAUGGUAUGGUUCAAGCCUUUAGAUUCGAGAGCUAAGGGGAUUGGUUUGAGUUUGGCAGUGUGGGAAAGGAUUAAAUGGGAGCAGGGGAGAGGAGGGUGGAUUGCCGAUGAAGAGGAGAGGAUGGUGAGGUUGGAGCAGUACGAAGGGAUGAAUAGGUGGAAGAAGUUUGCGUGCUACGUGUUGGUGGAGAGGUUUGUCGUGAAGAGGAUUGAUGGGAGCUUGGUGUUGACCUUUGAUUUCAGACACAGCAUUAAAGUGAGGUCUAAAUGGGACUAAAAGUCAACUAGAAAAGCUUCCCAUUAAGCUUAGACAAGUAGUAAAUCAUGUUCUCCUUUUCCUUUUCUUUCUUUUGUGUUCUUAAAACUAUUCAAUACAUGUUGAUUUUGAUAUGCUU